CCACGUGUCAGAAGCGGUCAUUCACUGAAGGACCAAAAUGAAGCGGACAUCAGUUCUCAAAGCGUUUGGAUUCCUGUGUUUGCUGCUUGCUGAAGGAUUCCCAGUUUCAGAAGUCGACUCUCCAAAGAUCAUCGGGCUACCCCACAGUCGAAUAAGAGCUCAUCCAGCUGCGCAGCUGGUUCUGCAUUGUGAUGCACUCACACACGCCGACGAUGACGAGACACUCAUCUACUGGCUUGUUGAUGGAUCGUUCCCAGAGGAUAAAAGCAGCCAUGACAGAAUAGUAGAAUCUAACGAAUCACAUUUACUGGAGGGUUCGAUUUUGCACAAGAGUCUGGUGUUCAAAAACGUAACAAGGGAGGACUUUAAGUCCACCUUCAGCUGCGUUGUGACGAAUGCAGUUGGAAAUGCCCAAAGGCACUUCAAAUUAGUAGAAACGACCAGAGGCUGUGGCAGCUACAGACACACAUCAGUAGUGUGAAACUGUGAAAAGUGACCCCAGUCCAUCAUCUGACCUCUACCUCGCACUGAAAUGAAAACUGACUGGAAGAUGCUUCAGGAUUUAGGUUUUCCCUUACCUCCGAAACAUCUUGAUGUGAACU